CGCUCACACACUCCCACACUUUGUUUCCAUUUCAGCUCCAGUCUCGCCGUGGCCAAGACGCACCAUCUCACACACACACACACACACACACACACACACAACCCGCCUGCGGGCUAUAGCCUAUAGCUACCUGUGCGCACUGCGGCCAGUCCCUUCUUCCGGUCAGAAACAGAUCCAAAGAGAGAGAGAGAGAAACUAAAAGACGGGUCCAGGCUGAAGAGGGGGAACAGACACUCAGAGACAGGAGGGGAAGAGAAGCCGCAACUUGGCUGAUUUCAACCCAGGCGGUCUGAACUUCUCGGCUCAUCGGAGAAGGAAUUAUUCGGAGCCCGGGUUGCGCCCCCCCCCCCCAACACACAGCGCUGUUGUGGAUAUUUAGAAGAAUGGCGAGAGAUUACGCCGCACGCUGCCCGGUCUCUCCGGUGAGAAACACUUGGCUGGUGGCAGCAGCGAUCCUCCUCGCAGCCCAAGGUAUCGCGGCUCAGAAAGUGCGAGUCGACGAGGAAGUGGAGGCGAAUCCCGCGGAGUCUGUUGAUCUCCGCUGCCAAUUUAUUGAUGGAGGAGGCCGAACCAAACUCACCCAGGUGUCUUGGAUAUGGGAACCCAUCGAUGGCCAAAGGGACAACAUCGCUGUGUACCACCCUAUCUACGGACAGAGUUUCCCCAACCCGUCCUUCAAGGACCGAGUCAUCUUCCUCCACAACAGUCUGGAGAACCCGUCCAUCAGGAUUUCUCAGCUCAAAAUGUCCGACGCCGGCCGGUAUACCUGCGAGUACGCCACCUACCCCUCUGGAAACGAACAAGGGACGACCACCCUCAUCAUGCUUGCCAAGCCUAAGAACUCAGCCAACGUUGUGACCGUCCAGGCCGGGACCAAGUCCGUGGUGGUGGCCCAAUGCGAGGCGGCGGAAGGCAAACCGGCAGCCACCAUCAAGUGGCUGCCGUCGGUCGGAGGCAACCACUCAACCAGCACCACGAACGGGCCGGACGGCACGGUGACGGUGCGCAGCGAGUAUCGGCUGGUUCCCACGCCGGCAGAUAACGGCAGGGAAGUGACCUGCAUCGUUGACCAGAGGACCCAGCAGCAGCCGUGGGUUUACCCUGUUAAGCUCUCGGUGGAAUUCCCCCCCUCUGUGUCCAUAGAGGGCUACGACAACAACUGGUACGUCGGCCGUUCGGGCGCCGCGCUGGUCUGCAUGGCUAACGGCAACCCUCCGCCCACCAUUGUCACCUGGACCGCGGCGUCUGGUGCUCUGCCAGACUCGGUGGAGGUGAGCGGCAACAAGUUGAUGGUGAGGAAGGUGGACGACGCCGUCAACACCACUUUCAUCUGCGAGGUCAAGAACAAGCACGGGGCCAGCAAACUCCAGAUCACCACCAUCGUCAUCGAAGCCCUGGAGGAUCCGUCAAGUGCCAGCGUUGUGGCGGUCGCCGUGAUCUGCUCACUCCUGGCCCUGCUGUUGGUUGUCGCGCUCGUUGCCGUUCUCCUGACCCGGAGUCGCCGGCGGCAGAGGCGCGGCUUCCCCAGCAGCGGGGACGCCAUAGCGGCCGGCAGCGGUGGCAGCAAUGGCGGCGACUAUGGCAACAAAGCCUGCCUGCUCUUCAGCGGGACUGGCAACGAUGGCAGCAAGAACGGGACGGGCGCCAACAACAACGGGCCCGUGCCCAUCUACGCGUACCGCGAGGGCUGCGACGCCACGGGGACUCUAACGGAAAAGGCCAAUAACUACCACCAUCAUCAUCUCCACCACGCCUCCAUGGGCAACCCCGCCUCCGCCCACAACAUCCUCCUUAGCGGCGAGAUAGACGAAGCUGAGAGGAGGAAGUUCGACCUGGACGACAGCAUGGAGGAAGAGUACGACCGGUUUGGAGGCAUCGGGGGAGGCGGGGACAUGCUACCUCCAGCCUAUCACGUCCACAGAGGCCGCGGCGGGGAAGAAGAAAUGGACGUGUACCUCGACGACGACAUGGAGUCUCAGAGAGACGGCUCUGUCAUUUCCCGGACUGCCAUUUAUGUCUGAGGACGGAAGAGAGGGCUGGGAAUAGAGAAAGGAGACGUGGAUGGAAGAAGUGGUGAGUUGGAGCCAGCCUUCUUCCCCACCAACAUAAAUCAACAUCGCUUCUAUCGGCUAAACACCUUCCCGCUUCACAUUCAACCCGAUUAAAGAGAUGGCAUCAAUUACAUCCUCUCCGCUUGGCCCCGACUGUGUAAUAUUAUAAAAGAGGAUUAAAAGAAAAGUGAUUAAAAAAGAAAACAAAGUCAAGUUGAAGCUGAUGAAGGAAAAUGUGUUAUGGCGGUUAGCGGGCUGUGGCUGAACAUGUGACUGAAUGUGUUUAAUUGCGGAGACGGAUUUUGUUCGGUGUCAGCCAAAUAAAACAAAACGAAAAGAAGAAAAAAAAAACGACUGCAAAAAGCCAACAAAAACCACAGCGACUCCUGAUGCGACGCCGCUUGAUGCUACGCUCUUUGUUUUGUCAGCUUUGCCAGUGUGUGAUUGUGUUGAGUGGACUCCAUUGUUUGUGUUUUUAUACCUCCGCAGAGCCAUUCAAAAAUCGCCUUCCUGUUUCAAAAAUAAAUUUGAAAAAAAAAAACAGACAACAACCUUCAUCAACAUGUUGAACUCCACGUCAAACUGUCCAAACGGCUUCUGUGGAUAGUGCCACUGUGCUGCGUACUCUUCGUUUUAAAACUUGAAAAGCCAAACUUGUCGCCUUGGCAACAAUGAUGGAGUUUCUGUUCAUCCCAGUGACAGCGUAUCUUUUCGGGCUUACGUACAGUGACUCUGGGUUCCUGCCCCACCCUGUGACACCACCUGGAUUCCUGAUGGGUGCCGCUGGCGAGGACGAGGGCCACUGAACUGAGAAACAUAAAAGACUUAACAGUGUGUGCUAAUGUGUGGCUGGCUGUGGUGUUAAUGAUGUGCAUCGUUUAUAUAUUGGGCGCCAUCUCACUAUAGCACAGUUGUCGUCGUCGUCGUCGUCGUUGUUGUUGUUAUUGCUCUCGUUGUAGAUGCUGUUGUUGUUGUUUUUUGAUGUUGUGCAAUGGUGUUGAUCUCGCUAAGGAAAAGACACACCGGGAGCCUUGGGGGUUUCGCACAGUACCACAUUGGGUCGGUAAUGACUCAUUUAAUGGGUAAAAACUCCACCGACUCUAUUUUUUCUUCUCAUUUGCUCUUUCUUUACUCCUCUGUCUUUUUCUUUUCUUCUUUCUGUUCCACAUGCGUCCUGCACCAUUUGUGUGUUUUGCUGACGCUCUGUCCCCACACACAUUACAUCUCUCUCUCUCGUUCUGCUCUUUCUUUAUAUACAUAAUGGCCGGCUUAGACGAGUGCCGCGAUGACUGUGUGCAGGGAGAAGGGGAUAACUUGUAUUUAUAUUCCUAUCUGGGUCGCAUUCAGCGAGGCAAAAUAUUCACCGGCUUUGUUGGAGGCUGCUGUAUUUCAUGUAUUCAUUUUCCAUGUCCUGCAGAAUGUUCUUUGGCUAUGUACCGGAUUAUUCCAUGUUCUGUAUUCUGAUUGGAUGGAAAGACACAUUUAAAGAGUGGAAGUGAAACAGGCUAAAUGAAAUCCCAAACUCCCAGACCUUUUUUUUCUUGUACACUGACAAAACUGUUUCGCUUAAAAUAUGUGACAACGUCUGCUGACAAGGUGGGCUUGUUCUGUCUUUGAUGAGAUCUCUCACUGAACAUUAAGAGAGUUGACGGCAAAACUGGAUUGGAAAGUUGCAAUUUGACAAUUUGAUUAAUUAAUUAACGGUACUUCUUUGAAUAGAUAUUAUUUGCGACACAUUUGCUAAUGCAUAACGCAGCUCUUAUGUUUCUGGAACACAUUUGCCUUAUUGAGUCCCAGCUUUUUCCUAUUCAUCGUUUUUUUUUUUUCAUCCUUCAGGGCACCGAAUUGGCAAUUUCUCAAAUAACUGUUGAAUUAUAUCACUUGUCUAUUUAAUGUCGGGAUGAUUGUGCGGUGACACAGGGAGGCUCUGGGAGGGGGAAAUCUCUGCAUCACAGGCACACUUCCUUGGAGAUGUAGAGCCUGUUAAAGUUAGGGAAAAAAAAGAGAUGUGACCAAGGCCACAGUUAAAAUGAAAUGAAAGAAGAGCAAACUAGACUGGUGUUGCAUGCUUCAGCAGCUGAAUCAAGCACACACUCUACUUUACAAUAUCACUACGCUAUGACACAUCACAGCCACACACUUACUUACUGUAGACAUGGAGUGUUUGAUCGAGCUACUUUUGUGGCUGGAGUCACUUUGCAGUAGAGGGUACUGUGAGUAAAAUCCACAAUAAAACAGUGUGGUAUAUAUUUACAGUUUUGUAUAAUGUUAGUUCAAGUAAUAUUUUUGAGAAAGGAUCUGCAAAGGGAAUCUUUUAAGUGAGUAAACAGGCCUGUUUACCGAAAAUGGUCUCAUGCUCGUAUUAUAAGUCUCGUCCCAUUUUAUUCACUUAUGCCUCAUUAAAAUGUAACAAUAUAUUGUGAUAAUAAUUAAGAUGUUAUUACUCAAAAUGAAUUCAGUGGGUUCAAGAUCUGAACACAGACGUGUCCGUGAAUUGAAAGCUGAGAUAUUUCAAAUCUGAAAUUCAAAACCUCAGUUGAUCUAUCUUGUGUUGUGUUAAGGAAGUGGGUUUCAGUCCUGAGCAGGUCCCUUGUUGUUGAUUGUUGUUGAACAUUAUACACUGUGCAAUCUGCUAGUCUGUAAAUGAGACAGUUAUAUCUGCUUAGUUACAAUACAUUUCAGUGGAGACAUUUCAUAACGUUUCACAGUGUUUGGACAGGUUGCCAAUUAAUCUCAAAGUAACUGACAAACAGCCAUACUGUAACUUCUGUUGCCACACGUGUCACAUGUUGUACUGUAGGACUUGUUUAUUGUAUCACUGCAGUACAGUUUGGUAAAGUAUUGAAGUGUGUUUUCAACUCUGCAGGGUGCAUGCACGCUCCAAGAUCCAGACGUGUGCAGGACAAAAAGAAUUCUGUUGUUUAAGGUUGCUCAUUUAGAUAAAAAUGUAUGGUGUAAUUGUCCAGGUUACAAUUUGAGCCUACAAUUUAAAGAUAACUUAUUUUUUUUUAAACAUGGUGCCCAAAUGAAAGAUAUAUUCUUUCCUUAUUGGAGUUUCAAAUGUUAUUGAUUUUCACCCUAAAAAUACAAUCCCUGACUUAUUGGAGUCAUCUCGCUCUAGCACAUUUACCCUCUAUUUGGCCAUUAUACUCCUCAGUACAUCUUUUCUCCAAGGUUUUCUUGCAGCAGCUUAAUUCUAAACAGUCAACUGUGAUCACAACUUUGGCGCCUAAUUAGUCCCAGAAAAUCUUGUAGCGUGCAUGUACCCAUAGUGAGGAAACUCAUCAUCAUUCAUAACUUUUGUUUUUGCACAACCCAUUUUCAAUAAAAAAAAAACCUUUCUGAAACAA